GAUUUAGUGAGGAAGUAGUUUCUCAAGUGAUUUGUUGUUCAUGAGUGUACGAGUGAACUAGUUUGAUUCUUUGUUAUUGUUAGCCGACUCUCUGAGUUGAGUUUCAGGGAGAAAGGUACUGAUUGGAGUCACUCUCUGAAUAGGUGAACCAUGAAGCAGAAACAAAAAAGGAAGCAUCUAGAAAGUACAAGUUCCCCCCAAACUGUCAAGAGGUCAAAAGCAAGUACUAACUUACAAGAAGUUCUACAGCAUGAACAAAGUGCAGUGGCCUCAACUUCAGGCCAGACAGCAAAGGACUCUUCUUCCUCUUCAGAAUGCUUCUGCACCUCCUCCCAAGAAAAGCUCACUGGUGCUGGAAUCCCAAAAUCAGGCAAAUGUGAUCCACCACCUGGCCACUCUUUGGAAGACAAUACUCUGGUCCCUGAGGCAAAAGGUGAAUCCUCUGAAUCAGAAUACUUCUCCUGCUAUUCCUCCUUCAGUCAUCUGUCUUCUGCAGGAAUCUCAAAAUCAAGCAAAUUUGAUCCACCACCUGGCCACUGUUUGGAAGACAAUACUCUGGUCCCUGAGGCAAAAGUUGAAUCCUCUGGAUCAGAAUACUUCUCCUGCUAUUCCUCCUUCAGUCAUCUGUCUUCUGCAGAAAUCUUAAAGAAGCAAAAGGAUACACCACAGCCUGGUGAGAGUACCUCACAGGAAGAACACAGUGCCGUUGUCUCAAGUGACCUCCCCUGUGCCUCUGACAAUAAGAAUACGGUCUUAAACACAGAUGAAGACAUUCUACUUUCUGGACCCUCUGGGUUGGCCCAAGGCCACAGCCAGAGGGCAGAAGUUUCAGACUCAGAAUAUAUUUCCCGUAUCUCUCCUGCAGACAAGCUCUUUGACAGAGAAUUCUGGAAGAACCAAGAGAAUGUGCCUCAGCCUGAGUCAUAUGUGGUCUCUCCUGGCAGUGAGAUUGCAGGAGAAAAGUCUUCUUCCUCAGAAUACGUCUGCAUCUCACCUUCUGGAAGCCAUCAAAAACACCAAGAUGUUUCUCAUCCUGGACAAUCUGAGCAACAUGAGACUUCUUCGCCCUUUCCAUAUGUCUCAUUUCCAUUCCAUCUGGUCAGUAGUACUCAGCCCUCUGAGCCCUCAGUACAACCACAGAAGGAAAGGCUCAUGAAAAUUUACUACAUGCAUGUCCAAAUGAAAAGGGGGGUGGCUGUCUUAAGUGAUUCAGAGGAAGAGCAGGAGCCUCCCUCAAAGAAGGCAAGACUAGAAGAAAUGGCCUUUCUUGAAAAGGUCCAUACAGAAGUCACCCCAUCUCAUGUGUGUACGAAGGAACUCCUAACUGGCAGUGAGUCCAGCUGGAACAGUGAAGCUCAAGAGGCAAAGGAGGAGGCUGACAGCCCAGCAGAGACUCCAGCUGUGGAGGAAUGUUCCAGGGCCAAGACCCCCGAAUGGCUUGUGGCCCUGGAUAGUGGCUUCAGGUGCAUGGGCUGCUGCUGGGUCUUCCCCAGCUUAGAGGCCCUACGGGAGCACGUCCAGCAUGGGGUCACUGAGGGCUUUAGCUGCCAUACUUUCCAUCUGGCCUUAGCUUGGCUGAAGAGCAAGAAGAACAGGGCAAAGAAGAGAAGGGGGGAGAAUACCAGGAAGAGAACACACCGAGGCCAGAAAUAACAUCAUUCUGGCAUGAACAUGUCUUCAUGCAAAUAAACAGACUCUCUUCAGCCCCUGAGAGAGAGAAAGUAGAGCAAACCAGACUCUACCAAGGGGCUUUCUUUAUCUUCUCUAAACAACCCUAGUACCCACCUCUCUUUAUACACAUCUACCACCCCGCCACUACCAGUGCACCAGCAGCAACAGGAGCAGAGGACCCCUUUCCACUCUAUCCACUGCUCUCCCAAGAAGGAGGAGAAGAAGGUGGGUCUCACCAUGCGGAACAGCAAGACACUCACAUGCAGUCUAAAGAGCAUCGUACACCAGCGUAUCCUCUCUACCACUACACUGAAAAAAGGAGACUCCCUGGAAGCAGGGACUGCUGGAGGCCACAUGGUCAAAGAGCCACACAGACCCAUCACCCCAAAGAUUUCAAACAACAGUAUCCAGCACAUUCCUGCGGUCUGAUGGGAGUACAGACGUUUUCAUGAGUCCCAUAGCAUCAAGGGAGGACCGGCUAAAGAUGGAUGUACCUGAUCCUCUGCAGCUGCUCCCAGUUACCUGGUGAAAUUUGGUGCCCAGCUCUGGAGAAAAUAUCCACAGAGAGGCGUGAGAAGCCCAAGGAAUGCGGGGAAUACCAGGCCCUCAGGAGCCCUGAGAGGAAAGAGUCUCUGCUCCUGCUGACUCUCCCCCACCCUGCCAGAGUCAGGCACCUCUGAAAAUCCCUGCAAUAUUGCCUUGUGGGGAAGAGGGCGGUAUUGCUAGAGAUGUUAGUACCGUGGAAAACACAUUUCUCCUACCUAGAGCUUUCACCAGUGGAGCAGAAGAUUGAUGACAGCUUGGCAGGAUUCGGGGGAGGAGACUGCUAACUUGACAAAGAAUCUAGUUUGAGUUCUGCUUGUGGCUUCUCAAAUCCCUUGCAUUUACUGCAGGUGUGAACACCUGGCUCAUAGUCUUACUCUCCAGCCUGGCUAUAGAUUUUUCACCCCAUCUAACUUAUUUCCCUCCUCGACAUCUUAUAUCCAUGAAUAUGUGCCUGAAGACUCUGACUAUGUGGUAGAUUGUAAUCCAUACCCUUCCUCCCCUGUACUCGCACCCACAAGUUUCCGCCAGUGUAGUCUUUGUUAACAGUUUUACUUAUUUUUCUAUAUCCUUUCCUUUAUAUGCACAUAUAUCUUUCUCUGUAUCGUUGUCUAAUACGUUCACCUGCCUGGUUAUUUGACUGGGGGACAGACAUUCUUAUUACUGAGAGAGGAAAAGCUACUGCACAAAUGAAACAAAAGCAAAGAAAAUACCCUGCUUGGCUUUUCUGGGCACAUGUAUGUUUACAAACAGUUGAUAUACAGUCAUAGGAGAGAGGAUGGAACACCCUCAUCAGGGAUGAUCAAAUGUGUGUCCACAAGGGUGCCCCAAAGUCAUAAUCCAGUUUUAAGCUUACUAAUUUUAGAAACAUAAAAAAUAAAAAAGUUUUUAAAAAUAAAA